AUGUUGACUGCGAUGUCAGAAACGGCAGCACUCUCAAAAGCCUUGGGCCAUGUGUUUCAUUGCGGUAUCACCAGUUUAUUACGCACGCCCCAGCACCGAGUUGUGGAGUUGCUCUUGCCAGCCGGACCUCCGGGAAGUCAACUAGAAUUGAUAGUUGACACCACAGGAACCAUCGGUCUCACCUAA